AUGACAAGAGGUAAACAAAAGAUCGACGCUCAAAAAAGAAAUCAAGAGAAGAAUCAACCAGCCAAAGGUAGUCAACUUGAACAUAGAGCUGCUGCUUUUAAGAUUCAAUGUAACAUUUGUAUGGCUAUGCUUACGCAUGAAAAUCAGGUUAACCAGCAUUAUGAGUCAAAACAUCCUGGUAAACCGAUAAAUCCGAAAAUGGUUCAAUAA